ACACAGCUAACUGCACUUACGACGCCCUGCAUUUCAUAUCUCAACACUUGGAAGCUUAGAUAAAGCUCCAAGUUGACUCACGACUGCGCGCUGUACCCAGACUGACUUGCAUUGCGCGCUGAGGAGCCUCCUACAUAGCGUGCCGCGUGAAGCUCCAGCCCCGCGGCUCUAACGAUAGCCACCACGAGCGCCUCCCGAUCAUACCGAGCGAAGACCAGAUAGGCCCCGAUAACGCGCCGCCGAGUCAGGAACAAGGCACCAGCCAGUACUCUGUAUAAGCGUCUUGCUGUGCAAGCACGGGACUGCAACCUUCACGCGCCUUGGUCACGAAGGCGCAUGACGCAACGCCGUGUCUAGCAUCCAUCCGAACUCACUCGCCGCGCUCAUCCGUCGCUACCCCCACAACCUACCUCCAGGCCACGACACACAGCAACUCUCCACGACUGAGCUGGCGCUCCAACAGACACCUCCACACGCUUAUCCACAGGUUAUAUGAGCUCAUCGCCCGACAACGCCGCCGAGUAUACGACGCCUGUCUCCAACCUCACCUACCUGCACAAGCAACAGCGCAAAGGCACAAAGGUACAGGACACGCCACAAGCGCGCGGCCGCAACACGUCGAGAUAUGAGUUGGGAAGAAGAAAUAGGGCGGCCGACAAGGUUACGCGCAUCUAUCCCAGAGAGAUAACCAAGUCGCCUUCCUCAGCAAAGCGUCUGUCCUCCACGUCUCCACCCUCAAACUACAAUGCCACCACGUCUCCAUUACUAUCGGCUAUCGGUGCCACGCGAACCACGGCCGCACAAUACACCAACGAGUGGGCCAAGUCGGUGCCCUUCUUUCCCAACUCGGGCUCGCCAGGAAACGGUGGCAUAGCCAUAGCCAGUUCACCGCCUACCUUUCACAACUCCCCAGGUGCACGAGACGGACUGUAUGCACAACAGGCCAUGUCGAACUCCCCUCCAGGUGCAAGGCCUCUGAGUCAUCCAAGUCAAUACACAAACUUUGGCGACCGUCUGCAGAACUCGCCCGGCAGAGAUCGCAGGGCAUCAAUGUAUUCGCAACACGGCGCUCGUCCGCCGUCGCAACACUUCGUGCCAAACCCGCCCCUGCCACAUCAACCUCAAGCACACUACUAUGGCUUGCCAAACAUUGAUUUCGGCCUCAACAAUGGCCCAACCGAUGGUAUCCAGCCGGGCGAAGGAGGCUACUUCUGUGGCUUCGACACUCUAUCCAUGGCAGGAGACGAGGCAGCUCGGUCAUCCGAGAAUGUGCUGCUCGUUGGAUCUCAAGGAGGGCUCGACGUUUUCCGUGUCGAGAAGAGCAAGAUGGAUAUCGUGGGCCGUCUAGAAGGCCUCAGGGGUGGUGUCAUAGGUGCCAAGAUCUUGCCAUGGACAUCGCGGCGAGACCCUCUAGCUGCUUCCCGUCCACUGGUCGCACUCAUUCUUCACGGCCCGGUCGUCAAGGACAGUAGAAGCUCUAGUGGAAGCGGGGCAUCCUCCGUGGUCGACGAUUCAGCCUCUGAAUCGCCUAGUAGGCCAUCCUCGAGACAUGGCAAUCGGGAUGGCCAGAUCAGUGGCUAUCAGACGACCGUCGAAAUUUACUCACUGAAAGAGAAGCGGAGGCUAGCUGUCCUAUACCGAACUCCUUUGAUCCCUCUCACGAGUCCAAUUGACAGCCCGCUCUUCCAACCUCCACCUCCAAUAGGCGACUUUGUCAUCGAGGCGAAGGGCAAGUUUGUUGUCGUUGCAUCUGGCGCAAGUGGCGAAGUCUUCGUGUUCGCACCUUACCUGGGAAAUCACCCAGAGUACGGCGAGCAGUUCCGCUGCAUUGGCAAACUGUGGACUUCGGUUCAGAAUCGCGAACGAGCUGUUCACUCAAACGGUUCGAGUGCCGUCGAUGGAAGUCAUGAUGAGAUCCCUCCUGAGAAAUAUGGCUUGCCCGUAUUUUCUCUCUCUGAUCGCUGGCUCGCAGUCUCUCCACCAGCUUCAAGUGCGCUCUACCCUGUCAAUGGUGUCGCGCUGACCUCACCGUACUAUGAGCGUGCUCCGGGUCUUGCACACCAUAGCGUACCACCUCAGCCGUCGCCCAACUGUGCUGUCGAUAUGCCCAACGAAGCUGGCUUGCUCGAUAGAAUUACACGGGAAGGGACACAAGUUGCAAUCAAGGGCGCGCGCUGGGCUACCGAGAAGGGAGUGCAAGCCUUCAAGAGCUACAUGAACAGAGGUCAACAAGGAAAUAACGUGCCAUAUGGUCAAGAUCCUAUGCAGCACUACUUCCCACCGACUCAUGGCCACAGCCAGACUCAGCCAAGACAAGAAGCAACCGUCAUCUCCGUUUACGACUUGCAGAGACUGGUGGACGCGGAAGAAACGAGGAACAAGAACGCUCUCCAUCCCGUUGCUACUAUACCAGCAGCUCUCGGCUGUAGCUUCAUGUCAUUCGCCCCCAGUGGUUUAAUGCUCAUGACUGUAAGCAAGAAGGGCGAUUACCAGGAUGUUUGGGAUUUGAAGCGGAUGAAUUUCCGACGAGUCCGUAAGACUCUUCGAGAGCAACCAUCCGGCCCUUAUGUUCGACAAGUCGCUCGAUUCACCAGAAUGACUGUUGCCAAUGUCAUUGAUGUUGUUUGGUCUGCUCCUCGAGUCGAUAAACUAGCAGUCAUCACCGAUAAAGGAACAGUACACAUGUUUCCUAUGCCUGCAUCGGCCUUCCAAUGGCCACCAGCUCGACGAAUUCGUCCUGCGGCACCCUCUGCCCCACCAAAGGAGGCCACGGCUUCCACGGGUUCAACCGGCAUGGUCAACUCAGCAAUGCAGGCCGUCAAUAGCGCUAGGCCUUGGUUUGAUGCCGUCCGCGCGAAGAACAGCGCUGCGGGGUCUCGAUUCAGUCUAAGUGGUCUAGGUGUAACACCUGCUGCUGGCGCAAAGUCCGGUAAAGCCGUUGCUGCUGGUGUAGGCAAGUCAAUCAACAACAUACGUCACGCGGGCGACAACAAGAUGACGCUGCCAUCGUCACCUAGCGGCGUCAAGCCAUACAGCGUACGCUGGCUUUCUGGCAGAGGCCGCGGCUCAAUCGCAUUGGUGUCAGGUGGCGUACUUCAGAUCUGGCGAGUGCAGAUGCGAGCUGCGACAGGCAAGGGGAAGUCAUCCAAUACUGCGUCGAUAACCAAGAAGAAGACAGUUGAAUUUGGACUCGCCCCUAUCUCGGACUCCGCACUGCCGCUUUCUAUCACCGAGCAACUAUUCCCACAGCCCGGUGAUCCGGAGCCAACACAGGACUGCUAUGGCGACUGGCUUCCUCGGUCUUUGCCUUCUCGCAAGCCCGUCACGUCAUCUCUCGCACCACUUAGUUUCUCUGAGAUUGAAACGAAUCCUCCUUACCAGCCUUUCUACACGGAUAAACGCGUCGCACGUUUUGUCUAUUCAAGACAGCCCCUCGAGAUUCACGAGGAGAGCAGUGAGUACCAGCCCUCGUUGCCUGGACUAAUCUCCGACCUCCACCACGAAGACGACUCCCCCUGGCUCUUUGGCGAGAGUAUUGAGGCGACCCGGCUUUCGACGCCCAUUACCCAAGCAUACGAUUCUGGAGAGGACGAUAUUGCCGGUAUUGCUCCCAAGUUCGAGAACAAGCUUGUCCUUCAGGACGGUGAAGAAGAGGUGGAACAGGUUGUCGUCACUACGCGAAGAAGACGUAUCAAGAAGGAGGGUGAUGAGGAGAACUUUUUCGAGGACGAUUGCGAAGUAUUGGAUUUUGCAGAAGAUAGGGUGUGACCGUGCAUGAUCGCGGCUGCUCGUAUUCUGUCCGACCAACUCUACACUCGCUAUCACUAUUGCAUCAGGUGGGCGUUGGUGAGGCGCCGGCGUUUUCUAUUUUCUUGUUGGGUAAGGAUGGAGCUUGCAUUAUAGGAUACCACGCAGCCGACAGCGGCUCUCGGAUUGCAACAUCACCGCACAACUUAGAUAGUCAACAGACAAAUGAGAGAAACAAUCAAGCUUCAUCAUGCACGUUGG